AUGUCCUCAACCCUGAUGAAUUAUCUUGCUGGGAUAUCAUCUCAGACUUUUGGACAGAUCUCUUUAACCAACAGACCAGGGGAAAGGAGGAGGAUGACGGGCGGGCUCAUUCUAACGUUCUGUCUGCUGGGAGCAGCUUUGACUAGUUCAGUCCCUCAGUACGAUGUCACGGAUGAGCUCAGGCAUAAUGAUGAGCUACCCCCACAGAGAGAGAUGGUUCCUCAGGUGUCUCAGACGGACAUUCUGGAUCAGAUGAUCCCUCCACAACUCAACCCUCAGGUCCCUGUACUACCACAGUUGCCAGGGAACCAGGUAGACCACACCCCCUCCUGGAACUCCUCCUCCUCACCUCAACAGGUCCCUGUACUACCACAGUUGCCAGGGAACCAGGUAGACCACACCCCCUCCUGGAACUCCUCCUCCUCACCUCAACAGGUCCCUGUACUACCACAGUUGCCAGGGAACCAGGUAGACCACACCCCCUCCUGGAACUCCUCCUCCUCACCUCAACAGGUCUCUGACCUACCACAGUUGCCAGGGAACCAGACCACGAGUUCCUCUGAGUCCCAGAGCUCUGACCAGAGCCACUCAUCAGAGGUGAGAGAGAGAGAGAGAGAAUGA